UCGUUUUCUAACCGAGCGAUUGACUACGAAUGAAAUUCCUGAAUUUGACAUUGCUUUUGUGGAAGCUUACCAUAACUGUGUUUAUAUAUGACUCCCUUUGUGUAAUCUGAGAGGACUGGAAAAAGAUUCAGGUAUAACACACUACUUGCAUUCAUCACUGCCAUGCAGGUCUUCAGAUCCCCUAUAUUAACAAUGAACACUCGCAGUCAAUGCCAUAAAUAAUGUUGUUUUUUUGUUUUUUUUAAUAUGUAUAGAAUGGGACAUUGAUGAGGGGCAUAUGUUGAGAUAUGCCUCCCUGUCCUCAUUAUCUCGGCCUGGGAGAUCAGUAGGGGAUAAUCGUAUUUAGAUGUCCUGUAAGCACAUGGAUCCUCUCAGUCAGCAACAUUAAUGGGGCCGUGAGGUCCUCCAUGCUUAAGUAAAAGGGUAUUAGACAGAAGUAAUGCUGGCAGCCUUUGUCUGCUUUCCAGUUUGUACACUGACAUGGGGAGCACCGGUAAAGUGUUUCGGUUCUUCAACAGGAGACAAAGUCUCUUUCCCAACUACAAGGUCACAGGUUCUUAUGUCGAUCGAAGAUCUUCUGAGAUUGUUUAUCCGUCAGCAAAGGAGAGCUGUGUGAGGACAUGGAACUCUAUGCAAGAGCUGAGCAAAGACAUCUACGACAUUUACGCUGAAUAUGAAGAGGAAGAUGAUGAUGGCUUCUCCAGACAGAUUUCCCCAUCCAAGAAUUAUAUGAUCAACAUCAAUGUAGGUGGGAAGCCAUACCAAAUCGCCUACAAGAUGGCAGCCAGGUACCCCAAGACCAGAAUUGGACGACUGGCCACUUACACCGACCACAACAUGAAACUAGACCUGUGCGAUGACUACAGUGUGACCAACAACGAGUUCUUCUUUGACAGAGACCCUGAUAUCUUUCACAGCAUCUUUAAUUUCUACCGAACUGGUGUGCUGUGGAUCAAGGACGAGCUGUGCCCCCGCAAUUUCCUUGAGGAGAUCAACUACUGGGGGGUAAGGAUCAAGAACACCCAACGCUGCUGCCGCAUCUCCUUUGAGGAGAGACAGGACGAGCUGAAUGAGCAGCUGAAGAUCCAGAGGGAGCUGGAAGCCGAGGUGGAGAUCGAGGAGAAUGAGGCGCUGUUUCAAGAUAUGUUCAUGGGCCACAGACGGCGAGCUAUCUGGAACUUGAUGGAGAAGCCAUUUUCUUCAGUCAAGGCCAAGCUGAUGGCAGUGACCUCCAGUUUAUUCGUCCUGAUCUCGCUGGUGGCCAUGACACUGAACACAGUGGAGGAGAUGCAGUACAGAGCUCAUAUGGGGCAGCUCAGUGGAAAGACUUACUGGGAGUACGUGGAGUCAAUGUGCAUCGCCUUCUUCACUAUGGAGUAUCUGUUACGUCUGGUGUCCACCCCUGACCUCAAAGCCUUCAGCAGGAGUGUGCUCAACACCGUGGACCUGAUCGCCAUCCUGCCUCAGUACGUCCAGGCCAUUCUGGAAUUCUUUGACAACAAGGAAAACUACAUGAAGCACGAGGCCGACAUGCAGGCCGUGGGGCAGGUGGGAAAGCUCGGACAAGUCCUGCGUAUCAUGAGACUAAUGCGGAUCUUUCGGAUCUUGAAGCUGGCCCGACACUCCACAGGCCUGAGGGCGUUCGGCUUUACUCUGCGCCAGUGCUACCAACAAGUCGGCUGCCUGUUCCUCUUUAUCGCCAUGGGGAUCUUCAGCUUCUCCGCCAUGGUUUACACUGUGGAGCAUGACAUGCCUCAAACAAACUUCACCAGCAUUCCUCAUGCCUGGUGGUGGGCAUCUGUCAGCAUCUCCACGGUUGGCUACGGCGACGUCUACCCAGAGACCAUCCUUGGUCGUCUUUUUGCUUUCAUCUGCAUCGCCUUUGGAAUCAUACUCAACGGUUUGCCCAUAUCCAUCCUCUUCAACAAGUUCUCAGACUACUACUCCAAACUCAAGUCCAAUCAGUACACAGCCUCCCUGAAGAAUCGAGGGAAAGUGAGGUUCGCCAAAAGGACCGUGCAGAAUCUAAACGACUGCUUUGGAAAAGGCCACCGCCAUCGAUUCUCAACGAAGAAGUCGUCUCCAGCUCCUCCUCCCACAAUCCUCUGCGACUAUUAGUAAAGUGACCUCUCUUGGAUUUGCUGCCGACCUGUGGUUAAACCAUGGCUCCCCCGGUUGCAGUGUCGCCAUUGAUUAAGACUGCCAGGUAUUCAGCUUUGAUCGCUGGCAUCGUUUAUGGCAAGAGGAGAUAUG